AUGCAGCGCGCUGCAUGCCGACCCAUCGGAGCCGGCCUCCGCCUCUGUCAGGGUGCUGUCCAAGCCCGCACAGUACCGCGUUGGGCGCGUCACAACUCGACCGCUCGUCCCUCCGUCCGUCCACCCGGUCCGAGUGAGAAGCCUUCCCGUGCGCCACAGACUAUCCUGGCCUUGGUUUCUGUCGCGGGUGGCUUUGGGCUGGCUCACUGGCUUGACGACGGCUCCGGCGUCAUCCCGAGACUCGGAUCCGGGCCUGUUGAUUUGGACGCUCUCACCGUAUCUCCUGUUGGCGCCGGCAGCUUUGGAGAAGCUGACGCGAAGCUUCGCCAAGAUGUCUUUGUCGGCUCUUUCACGGCCGAGGGAAAGAAAACCCACGUCCACGCUGCCAGAGUCGCCAGCAACCACCCCGUUGAAGACAUGAUGGCGUAUGGCCUGGCUCCUGGUGUCGGUAAAUCCGAGACGCUUCUCAACGGCGUCUACGACGGCCAUGCCGGAUGGGCGACCUCAGUUCUUCUCAAAGAGGCCUUGAUUCCCGCCGUAUCAGCCGCCAUUCGACAACUUCCCAAGGGCGCCCCAGAAAGCACAAUCGAUGAGACCAUCAUCAAGGCCUUCACCAAUCUUGACGAUCUCAUCUUCUCCCGCGCCAAAAAGGCGGUCGACGGCCUCAAAGCCGGCAUCUACGAGACCGCCGACUCUCGCGUGACCGCCGCCCUCGCCCCCGUCAUCGCCGGCUCCUGCGCCCUCCUCUCCAUCUUCGACCCCGCGACCUCGACCCUCCGCGUCGCCUGCACCGGCGACUCCCGCGCCGUUCUCGGAUCCAUGCCCGCCGGCGCCGCCAACUUCACGGCCCUCGAGCUCUCCAAGGACCAGAACGGCCGCAACCAGGACGAGUUCGAAAGGCUCGCCAAGGAGCACCCCGGCGAGGAGGCCGACAUGAUCGAUCCCAAGUCGGGACGCCUGUUCGGCAUCGCCGUCACCCGCGCCUUCGGCGACCACCGCUGGAAGUGGGACAACGACUUCAUCACGCACGUCCACGACCACUUCUGGGGCUCGAGCCCGCGCCCCAAGACCAAGACGGGACCGUACAUGACGGCGGCGCCCGUCGUCACGACGACCAAGAUCGAGGGCCCCUCCUUCGUCAUCCUCGCCUCGGACGGCCUCUGGGACCACAUCUCGUCCGCGAACGCCGUCGAGUGCGUCUCGCGGUGGAUCGCGGCGAAGAAGGCCGGCAAGACGACGCCCAAGGACAAGCUCGCCGCCGGCCCCGGCCAGAAGAGCGAGCUCGACAUGCAGUACGGCUGGCCCAACUGGGCGGCCAAGCCCGAGAACUUCGUCGUCGAGGACAUGGACAACGCCGCCGUCCACCUGAUCAAGAACGCGCUCGGGGGCGCCCGGCGGUCUCUGUUCACCGGCGCCGCGCUGGCGUAUCCCCCCAUCGCGAGGAACGUCAGGGAUGAUGUCACGGUGCAGGUCAUUUUCUUCCAGGAUCCCGCCAAGAUGGGUUGA